GUCACACCACUCUGUGUCACCGCUCAGCAUGCUGGUGAGCUGGGCACAGCACGGGGCUGCCGGCGAGGUGCUGUGGUGCUGCUGGGCUGGGGCUCAGCGAGAUCCCUACUCAGCAUGGCCAGGCAGUGCGCCCAACCCACUGGAUACCCCAACAGUCACAGCAGAAGACCACCCACUAUGGUGACCCUGGCAGGAGCCCUUUAAGUGUUGGCCAUAACUGCUUCUCCCACUGCCCACAGAUGUUUGGGCUCCUGCCAGUGAUAUAAGCCCGUCCCUCCCUCCUUCCCGCCUGCCGCCUCCUGGGCUGGGACCAGCAGAGCCAGCCGUGCUGCCGUGGGAGCGCUCAGGGGCUGCCGGCACCACUGCUGCCCCACAUGCCUGGCCGGGUGACCACCGGGCCAGGACAACCUCCACCUUGCUGCUGGACCGGGUCAGUACGGGAGUGGUGGUGGCCAGGACAUUGCCCAGGGGCUCGGUGAUGCCGAGGCUGUGCCAUGAGAAGCGGUGGGACGGUGAGUGGGGCGUGUGUGGUGGGGGGCAGCCUCAUGGGUCUUUGUCCGUCUGAGGGGCUGAGCCAGCAUGGAGCCAGCUGGUGCCCUCCCCAAUGCUUCCAGUAACGGCAGCAGCACCGGCAGUGCCCCCCACUCACCAGCGGCCACUGGGCUCAUCCUGCUGGCCGCCCUGGCCAUCCUGCUGGCCACACUGGUGGGCAACACGCUGGUGGUGGCAGCCAUUUCCACCAGCCGGGCUCUACGGGCUCCACAGAACCUCUUCCUGGUGUCCCUGGCCUUGGCGGACAUCCUGGUGGCCAUCCUCGUCCUGCCCUUCUCACUAGCCAACGAGGUGAUGGGCUACUGGUAUUUUGGCGGCCUGUGGUGUAGCCUGUACCUUGCGCUGGACGUGCUGCUCUGCACCGCUUCCAUCGGCCACCUCUGCGCCAUCAGCCUCGACCGCUACUGGGCUGUCACCCGGGCAGCCCGGCUCAACCUGCACCGCAGCCCCGGACGGGUGAAAGGGAUGAUCGGGACAGUCUGGGUGGCGGCGACCCUGGUGGCACUGCCACCGCUGCUGCGGGCACAGCCAGGGGACCAGGAGUGCCAACUGAGCCAGGAGACCUGGUACGUGCUGGCCUCCUGCGCCGCCUCCUUCUUCGCCCCCUGCCUCGUCAUGGUUGCUGUCUACUGCCGCAUCUACCACCUAACGGUUCGGCGGACAGCCACCCUCCUCGCUGCCCGCUCCCUGCACCCUGCCGGAGCAAAGGGGCCGGGGGUCGGGGUGCCAGGCCGGCGGCGCCAGAGCCAGCACCAGAGCGUGUUGCUGUGCCGACAGCGGCUGGUGCGGGCGCGGGAGCGGCGCUUCACCGUCGUGCUGGCCGUGGUGAUGGGUGCCUUCGUGCUGUGCUGGUUCCCCUUCUUCUUCACCUACAGCCUGGGGGCUGUCUGUGGGGAGGGCUGCCAAGUCUCCAAGCCCCUCUUCAGCUUCUUCUUCUGGAUCGGCUACUGCAACAGCAGCCUCAACCCCCUCAUCUACACCCUCUUCAACCGGGACUUCCGCGCUGCAUUUCGCCGGCUCCUCGCCGUCCCCCGCCAGCACUGCAUCUAGGGACACCAGGGGCACCACAGACGUGGCCCCAGCCCUGCUCACCACCAGCAGUGCCCAGUCCUGCUGCAGACCCCGGACUGUGGUGCAAGUGUGCAUCGCAAGGUACUUUUGGAAAUGCGGGGCUGAAUAAAACAUGGCCAAAGCCUGU